AUGCUCAUUGACGCUCUCCCCUUUGAGCUCUUGGCAGCAAUCCUGGGCAACCUCGAUGAUAGCACGGCCCUGACCUGCCGACGAGUCUCAAAAGCAUGGAAUCACGUCGCCCGCUCAGAUGCUGUACUGCGCAGCAUUUGCCAGAACAUGGGCUACCUCAAGUCCGGGCAAAGUCUCGAGGAGCUGCGUAGCCCUCAGCCUCGCCUUCUCGGCUCUCCGCUCACCUUAGGUCACCUUCAUAGCAGAGGCAAGCUGUACGGCCGUCCUGAGUCCGAUCUUGAGUCUUAUGAGACUUUCUUGAGGACAAGCUGCCUGUUGCGCGACGCGUGGCCUCACCACUAUGGUUCAAGCGGCUCGUCCAAUGACGGCAUGAAAGACUGGGCUGUACCUGCCAUCGUGAGGACCUACGACGAUAAUUUCCGGCCCAUGAGACGCUAUGGCAUGUGGAGAGUCAAGUACGAUGCUGCGGAAGACUGUUUCAUCCACACCCGCGGCAACGGACCUGGCAUUGGUGUGACCGAUGCCAGUACCGGAGAACUGCUCUUCUUCUAUCGCGGAGUCAGGCAGCGCGCUCACCUUGAGUACGACCAGGGCUGGGUAGUUCAUGAUACCCGCGGGAGAGAUCAUUUUCAAAUCUGGCGCUUCGAAAGAAUCGUUGAGGACGUGCAGCAGCCGCGUCGAGGGAUCUUGCGCAAGUACGGCUCUCUCCGAUGUCCUUACGGUGUGAGAGCCUAUAGGAUGCAUUUUCCACACCUUGCUGUGGCGACGCAGAACAGCCGCAUCGUAGUGUACAACGUCCCGGAGAAGAGGAUCGUUCAAGACCUACCUAUGUAUCCUGCCGAGGAGGCUACCCUGGCCGCCUCGUCUACAACCGCUUACAUUGAAUUUGAUCGAGAGUACAUAUUCGUACUCAGCGAAGUCAACACGACUCCAGAUUGGCUCGCCUCCCUAUUCAUCUACUCUCGAAGCAGUGGUUCUCGCGUCUGCCGUCUCAGCAGAGAGCAGCUCGAAUCCAAGGCGCCUUGUUACCUACGUCGACGUUUGGAUUCUGAUCACGAAUUUUCUUCUCUCGAAGGCGGUGCUGAGUGGAGGCAAGCGUACGCUGAGGAGAUAGACCGCUUGGCAACAGCCAGAGAUGAUGACGGCGGUCCCCAGUGGAGCAAUGGGCUGAGCGCUGUUCACCACGAUGAAAGUACUGGAGCGCUGAUCAUAUUGGGAAGUCAGGUCCUCUUCAUCAUACAGGACUACCAGGCCCUAUGCAAGCAGGCGUCUGAGCAAGAUGGUCAAGUGUCGAAUCUGAAAGCCAUGCGCAUAGUCUCGCAACGUCGCUGGUCCCAUCAGAGCACCUUGGCAGUUGCUGAAGGAAGACUUGCGUUUACUUACGAAUCCGGACUCAUGCUCGGCGACAUCCGCUCGCUGCUUUGGGCUAUUGAGACAAAAGCAUCGAGUCUACUUGACCAGACACUUUGGCAGUACGUCGACUUUUCCCUCGACUUUGAAAUGUGCCCCAGUCUGCACAUGGACUCGACCUCUCUCACGGCAGUGGGCGUAUUCAAUGACUACCUUCUCUCGUACGAACCUACCAUUGCAUCCACUCGAGAAGUCGAGGCGAAUCAAGCAAGGGAAGCUGAAAAUGACCCCGGAUGGGUGCGACACGAGGAUGACUUCACAGACGACGAAGACGAACCCUCGCAAAGAUUUGUCAGAUUCGACUUUGGCCACCUCUCGAGGACUGGAAUGCGCAGAGUGCCCGUGAAACGGCGCAGGCCGCCGCCGCAGACCUUGGGCACGAUCAUUUGCUACCCGGGCGCAAGGCCUUUGACCGAACUGCUGAAAUCGGGUGAGGUGCAAAUACCUGAAAAACGGGAAGUGUACGAUCAAGAGGAGUACGAAUCGGAAGAUUACGAGGAAGAGGAGCACGUAUCGGUAGGACACCAGGAAGAGGCCGAGGCGACAAGGGAGAACGUGCAGGCUCCACAAGAGAGCAACGAGGGUGUCUCGCGGCGAACCGAUCUUCCCGAGGCAGGCUCUCCAGAAGAGAACCCCACUAGUGCAACGCAGGGCGGCGAAUUGUGA